AUGGCGGCGCUAGGAGAGGAGUUGCUGAAGGUGGUCAACAGGCUGCAGGACCUUGUUUUCAACACUAUUGGCAAUGACUCCCUAGACCUACCUCAGAUCGUGGUUGUUGGAUCACAGUCGUCAGGAAAAUCCUCCGUCCUCGAGAACAUCGUUGGCCGCGACUUCCUCCCCCGCGGCUCGGGCAUCGUCACGCGAAGACCCCUUAUCCUCCAGCUCAUCAACGUGCCCUCCGAACGAGACGACAGGCCUGAGCAUGACGAGGUACACGUGCCGCAUACUCCAGCCUCCGUGGCCGGUCAAGACGAAUGGGGCGAGUUCAACCACAUCCCUGGCCGGCGGUUUUACGAUUUUCAAGAGGUGAAGCGGGAGAUUGAUAAUGAGACGGCGAGGAUAGCGGGAAACAACAAGGGCAUCAAUCGGCAGCCAAUCAACCUCAAGAUCUACUCGCCUCACGUGCUCAGCCUCACGCUGGUCGAUCUGCCCGGGUUGACCAAGGUGCCUAUCGGAGACCAGCCGGGAGACAUCGAGAAGCAGACGCGCACCCUCAUCUCCGAAUACAUCGCCAAGCCCAACAGCAUCAUCCUCGCCGUCUCCCCUGCCAAUGUCGACAUUGUCAACUCGGAAGCGCUCAAGCUUGCGCGGUAUGUCGACCCUACGGGAAAGCGCACCAUUGGUGUCCUCACCAAGCUCGACCUGAUGGACCAUGGGACAAACGCGCUCGACAUCCUGUCCGGUCGAGUGUAUCCGCUCAAGCUCGGCUUCAUCGGCGUUGUCAAUCGCUCUCAGCAAGACAUCCAGGGCAACAAGUCCAUGGCUGAUGCGCUGUCGGCCGAGCGAGACUUCUUCCGCAUGCAUCCCGCCUACCGAAAUAUUGCAUCACGAUGUGGCACGCAAUUCCUCGCAAAGACACUCAACUCCACUCUCAUGACACAUAUCCGCGAGCGAUUGCCGGAUAUCAAGGCCAGGUUGAACACGCUCAUGGGGCAGACGCAGCAAGAGCUCGCAUCGUACGGCACCGAUUCCUUCACGGGCAAGGAGCAUCGAGGAAGCUUGAUCCUGAGCUUGAUGACUCGAUUCGCGACGUCUUUCAUCUCCUCGAUUGACGGCACGUCUUCCGAGAUCAGCACGAAAGAGCUUUGCGGUGGCGCAAGGAUUUACUACAUCUUCAAUUCCGUCUUCGGCAACAGCCUCGAGACCAUCGACCCUACCCAGAACCUGUCCCCUCUUGACAUUAGAACCGCGAUUCGAAACUCGACCGGCCCGCGACCAAGCUUGUUCGUACCUGAGCUAGCAUUCGAUCUUUUGGUGAAGCCGCAGAUCAAACUGCUUGAAAUUCCAUCCCAGCGAUGUGUCGAGCUUGUCUACGAGGAGCUCAUCAAGAUUGGCCAUACGUGUGGGGAUAACGAGCUCGCACGCUAUCCGCGACUCCAAGGAAAGCUCAUCGAGGUCGUUUCCGACCUGCUCCGCGAGCGGUUAGGACCAUGCUCGACAUAUGUUGAAUCUCUCAUCUCAAUCCAACGAGCAUACAUCAACACCAAUCAUCCCAACUUCUUGGGUGCUGCAGCGGCAAUGAGUAAUGUCAUGCAGGACAAACAUGACCGGGAGAAGCGAAUGGUCGCAGCAGAGGAAAAGCGAAAGCGCGAGGCGAGAAGACGGAAGGAGAUUGCUGCUGUCAAUGGCGAUCAGACGCCAGAAGACCACGAGGACGAGCAACAGCAACAACAGAGUGCGCUUCCAACGCGGAACGCAGUGAGGAACAAGGAGAGCAGAAGCAUGUCUCCAGCGGUCGGCAGGGAUGGACACCGACUGACGCAUUCUGUCACAGCGCCAAACGGCACCACCGCCCCGAGCGGUAAGGAUAGCUUCCUCAACUACUUCUUUGGCAAGGAGAAUGGGAUUCGAGAUUCUGGGCUACCGGGACAGAGCGCGGCUGGGGCCAUGCAGGGCAUUGGUGGGAGCGCGAGCAGGCACGUCAGCCAGAACCUCGAGCCCAGCAUUGCAGCAAGUUUCAGAAGAGGCGAUACGCGGCCAGUGAGCAUGCCGGAGCCGCCCGUUGCGGGCCUGACUGUCGAAGAAAUGGAUGCACAGGAUCUUGGAUUCCCGCAUGAUCCGACCUCCGAAGGCCCAGCGAUGACGGAGCGCGAGGCGUUGGAGACCGAGCUCAUCCGUCGCCUCAUCUCCUCCUACUUCAACAUUGUGCGUGAGACCAUUGCCGACCAGGUGCCGAAAGCAGUGAUGCACCUGCUGGUCAACUUCUCCAAGGACGUCGUGCAGAAUCGCCUGGUUAGCGAGCUGUACAAGGAGACUUUGUUCGAGGAGUUGCUGUAUGAGGAUGGAGUGAUCAAGCAGGAACGAGAGAAGUGCGAGAAGCUGUUGGAGACGUACAAGGAGGCGGCCAAGAUUGUUGGGGAGGUGUUGUAA